AUGGAACGCGAGCUUCAACAAUUGUCAUCCAGUAGAUCUUUUUUGUCUGAAUCUUCAUUGCUUGUGCAUACCCCUCAUGAAAACGAAGAACUAGUUACAGUUACAGGUCCCGGUUCACAUUAUGCACUGGUGAGGCUGCUGAUUGAUUUGACAGCAUCUGGUGACCUUGAUCUCUACGACAAGUUAACUUUUUCAUGUCCUUUAAAAGUAUUUAAGGAGGUGCAGGAAGAACAUCAUACAAGCAUUUACAAGGAGCUGUUGUAUCUAUUCAGACUAGGCUUAGAGCAAUGGCUGCACAAGAUGAGUUCAGAAGAAGAAGAAGAUGGAGCAACGCUGAAACUAUAG